AUGGCUGCCACCGAUCCUAUUCACUCAUGGAUGUAUUUCCUACAACGGGAUCCCAAAUUUGAGACUGAACGCGUCUACGAACUUAGACGGCAGAAGCCUACAAAGAAGGUCCCCCAGACCAACAUGCUGCUCGAAAAGGUGGACAACAUCGCCAUUCAUGAUGUCCGUCCUCGACUCGAACAGUGCUCUUUCGGCUACCUUACUGCUAUCCUUAAAAAUAAAAAGUCUUCUAACUUCUCUUCUUUUAGCCUUACAAAUAAGGCAGAAAAAGUAAAGGGAAGCUUUGAAGACUAA